GGAGUGUUUCCCGGAAAGUGAGUCGUCGCUCUCGUAAAUGGGAAAAACAGAGCCGGGUCAGCCAGAUAGCGAGUCGCUUUGAUUCUUUUAUUCAAAUUUCACCUGGUUGCACUGAGACGGGAGACGAGUCAGAUAUUUAUAUUAUUUAUUUCGUUGGAGCGUAUCGUAUUAUUUAGCGAUAUUCACGUUAUUAUUGCGUCUGCGCGACACGCGCGUGACGCAAAAUCCCCUGAAAAUUGAUUAAUUAUUCUUCGAUUUAAUUCGAAUUAAAUCGGGCAUUAGUCUUCUAUCUGAUUGACUGUAUCUCUUUUGAUAGUUUUGACUGAUCGCGCGCGCGAAAGCUGCAGUUUCAAUCGAGUCCGGAGAGGCCAAAGAUUUUUUCGCAUCGCGUGUUUUUAUUAUUGUCAUCCACGAGAUUCCUUUCCCAUAUCGCGCGCGAGCGCGAAAAGACCUCGUUCCGUAUUCCGAAGGAUGCCUUGCAUUUACAUGCAUGGUCACGCCGCAAGGAAGAAGCGAACUCGCUUGUCGUUUCCUGAUUAUCCAACGGCUCGUGCUACAUGGUGGACCGCCUGGCGUGUAUCCAGCUCAAGGUGAGCAGCGCGCUCUCCUCUCGUCACCAUAAAUAGCGAAAUCGCGCCGGGUAUGGGGGCUCAUGACGCAGAGAAGGAUGGGGUGGGGUGGGGUCCGCGCCGCGCGUCAGUCCCUGUCGAAAGAACCGAUCUGCUGGGAAUAACCGUGUCCCGCUCUGUAAUGCAGUGGUUCCCCGAUCGCGGACACGGUCGAGACCCUGACGGCCGGUAGGCUCGGCACAGACGCGGAAAGCGCGUCGGGGCGAAUUAACGGUCAGUCGAUCGGUGUCGAUCGGUGCGCGGCUGUCUCUCCUUUUCUCUCUUUCUCUCCCUCCGUCUCGUCGAUGGCCCCUUCGGCCGCCCACGCAUCAUGGAAUUGAUUCGGGCGCUCGUUCUGCUCUUCGGCCUUGUACGCUCGUCCCAGCCGCAGCACCUCCAAGUGGUUUACCAGUGGAAAUAUCUGGAUUGGGUUUGGCCGAAUGUACAUCUGACGGGGAAAAACUAUACGUUGGGCAAUGCCUUCACGCAAGAUGUGGAUAUCGACAGGCAGGGCCGUGUAUUCGUGACGAGCCCGCAGUGGUUGGAGGGCGUACCGAUUAGUUUGUCUUUGGUGACUAAAGGACAAGGUCCCGGUGGCCGUUUGCUCGUACCGUAUCCCAAUUGGUCCUGGCACACACCGUUCAGUUGCGACAGCAUCAUAUCCGUUUACAGAGUGGCGAUCGACGAGUGCGAUCGUUUAUGGGUGGUCGACACCGGUCGGGUGACCAUGAAGGCAAUUUGCCCGACGAAAAUAUUGAUCUUCGACCUCUGCACGGAUCGGCUGAUCCAUAAAUACUUAGUGCCGGAUGAUCAAGUGCUGUACGGGAAGGCGUCAUUAGUUACGCCAAUCGUCGAUAUCGGAAAAACGUGUCUCGAUACUUAUCUCUACGUGGCGGACGUGGAUCAAAAUGGACUGCUGAUUUAUGACUUAUAUCGCGACCAUUCCUGGCGAGUAAACAACACGCACGGCAACGCUUUCGGCCCGGACGAGGAUGCUAUGAAUAUUACGAUCGCCGGCGAGUGGUUCGAUCUGACGGACGGCACGCUCGGCAUGUCGCUGUCGCCGUUGGGCUAUUUUAAUCACAGAUAUCUGUAUUUCAACUCGCUCGCGAGUUACUAUGAAAAAUACACGGACACCUCCUCGCUGGCGCAAAGCGAGUUCUGGGAGCCGGUGAUAUUUCAAUCAAAUUACAAGCGCGCGAGCCAAGCGGGCGUGCAGGCGACCUCGCGGAGAGGCGUAAUAUUUUUCCAAUUGGUCCAAUUAACCGCCAUUGCCUGUUGGGACAUCGGGAAACCAUUUACUCCGGAGAACGUCGUGAUAAUAGCGCAAGACGAGAAGACUCUGCAGUACGUGAGCGGCAUUAAGGUGAUCACAAAUAGGAUUGGCGAGGAAGAAUUGUGGUUCAACACCAACAGGCUGCAGAAGACGAUAAACAUGAGCCUGAAGCCGACCGAGACGAACUUCCGUAUAAUCAGAGGCGCGGUCGACGAUAUCAUACGCGGCACGAGGUGCGAGCCGACCGGCUUCAGGACACGGACACCGGACGACUCUGUCUUCUGGCAUCAGAUAUAACUCGCCGAGGGACUCGCGAUGUCCUUCGUUACCUCAUUCGAGUCCGACCGUCCGAGUAUUCCUCGCGCGCGCGCGGCCGAGAAACGUCUACGUCAGCGCGACUCGCGUGUUCUCUCUUCCAGGACUCUCUCGCCGUUAUGCAAUAAACUCGCGCGCCUGCGAUGGCGCACGUUCUCACGAACGGAAGAAAGCGUUCUCCUCUUUACGCGUCAGACAUCGCGUCCAGAGACGGAUUCGCGGCUAAAAGCGAGCGUGUAUCAGCUCGCGGCCGACUGGAUGGGCGGAACGGAGCGGCGGCUCCCUGCGAAUGACAGCCGGAGCGUGUAGCAAUUUAGUUAACCGUUUCAUUGCUGCCUUUUGAGAUGUAACGAUGAGGUCUGUCGGUGACACGAGCGCCGCGCCACGAGCCCGAAUGUUUCGACAGGGUGGCUUGACACGCCGUGAGUAAAGGGACGACGAGAGUUCGCAACGGGAGGGAGGAAGAGCGGCGGCGAGAUCGGGGAGACAGGGGUGGAAAAGGGGCUAAGGACGACGGAGGCGAGGAGUUUCUUGCCGACGAUUCGACGAAGUUUUACCAAGCUUUUAGGCGCACCGCCGAUUCCACGCGACGACGACGACGACGACGACGACGACGACGACGACGCCAGCGGCGGCGGCGGCGGCGGCGGCGAAGACGCCGGUGGGUCCGGAAUAAAUGCGCAUUCACGGGGAAUUGUUCGCGUUACUACCCCUUGGGAUACCAAUAGGGCGCGCGCAAUUCUGGGAAAUUCGUGUCACCUACUUCUCUUUCCACGGCGCGGUUCGGCGUGUGACUAAUGGCGGCAUAUUCAUGGCGCAGCCUCACCCCUCCCGGCUCCUGCGACACCACCCGAUCCACCCUCUUACGAAGCUCUGGCAGUUAACCUCAGACAACCCCUUCGUCGCGAUAAUAUACGGCUGCCCUUAAAUUUUCGCUCCCCUCCGGCCUGCUCGCUCGCACGGCCUAUCUCUCUCACUUCUCUCGGCGCGGGGGAGCGCGUUCUUCUUUCCGGAACGCCUCGGGUAACAGUGCGGGUGAUUAUUGCGAGAUUGUGUCAGUUUCGACUCGGCGCGCACUCGUCAUCAGGACAGAUUCAGCGGCCGAUUCCGAGGUCGAUCUCCGAAGUCGCUUCGUUUAAUCGUUUCAUUUCUGUUUGCUUUUUUCGUAGGAAUUUUUUAUCUGCCACACACGUAUACACGUUGUAACGCUCCUCGCCUUCUUACGAAAGAGAUUUCACGACAUAAAGGACAGUUGUAUUUCCUUUGCAUUGUCGAGACGAGCGUGUUAUCUUCGCCCGGCUCUCUCUCUCUCUCUCUCUCUCUCUCUCUCUCUCUCUCUCUCUCUCUCUCUCUCUCUCUCUCUCUCCGAUAAGAAUGAAGCUGGACAAAGAUCGAACGUGCCUGUGGCGCGGGUCGUCCCUUUCAGACGUGGUCGUCUUCGCGGCCUCAUCGCGGAGCGCUCCCGUCUACGUGUAGAAGUCUGUGCUUUUUAGACAGCUAGAAAUCAGCUGUCUCGCGGUUGCUUCCGUCAGAAUCACUCGUUUACCUCGGCUCGCGCGGUUUUCGCUGGAGCGAGCCCGACCGUAGGUCGCGCGCCGCUCUCUCGUGCGAGCGAGCGUGCUGAAAAAAUCGUUGAUCGUCGUCAAUCGAGGAAAAAAUACGCGGCAACGCGAAGACGAAGGUCGGAGAGUGGCCAAACACGCGUGCUCGUUCCAAAUGUAUCCAGCUGUGUUUGCCUUCGUGCUACGUACGAUAGCAGCAGCGAGAGCGCUCACGGUUAAGCCGAAAUAACAUCGCGCACGUACGAACGCUGGAGAGAGAGAGAGAGAGAGAGAGAGAGAGAGAGACCGCGGGACGAAGCGCGCGAUAAAGCACAUUUUCCGGCGCGCGGUCGAGACGCGCGAAAGCACGCUCUCGCGAUCAAAGUCGUUACCUUAAGGGCAGGAUGUGGAAUUACUUAAAGAACGGUAGUACAGCGCGGUAAAGUCUCACCGCGGGCGUGUUCGCCGCCGCACGGGGGAGCGGGGAGAGGAAAGAAAAGAGAGCGAGCGAGCGAGCGAGAAGGAGAGAGAGAGAGAGAGAGAGAGAGAGAGAGAGAGGGAGAAUGUCUCAAAUCGUUUUACGACGGUAGUUUUAAAACGACUUUACGAGAACGGCUCGGAAUUUCGAAAUAAAUUUGCAUCAGUUUUACUGCCCCUAAUAUACAUAACUACCGGUGUUUGGCGCUGAUACUCUGGCGCGUACACGACCCGAGUGGCCUAGGCUGAGUGCGGACGCGCUCACCGCUCUCACCGACGUUAUAUACUUUCGCGUUCGCGCCGUCCUUCUGAAGGAAAAGAGACGCGCGUGUCUCUCUCGGCGUGUCCGCGGUGUCCGUUUCGUAGGCUCGCGGAAUGGAACUCGCUGUAGCCGCCACGCACUGACGCGCAACGCCCCGCGCCAAGGAGAAACGUAAAUGAAGCCGACGGCUGAGACCGACGGUGUGUUUUGUUGCCUCAAUCGCGCUAAGCGAUCGGGCGUUAUUGCGUUAUUGGACACAUCGGCCGUUCGGCGCGAAACGCUCGCUUCGCACGCUCGUUUCUCGCUCGCUCGAGGGAACCGAUAGCGCGCAGGCUUGUGCAACUUGGCCACGAAUAGUGCCGCACGCGAUGUGACGCGGACCAGGAGAGCCUGCGAGAGAGCCGAAUUCUCCCGUCACUCGCGUUCUCUCCCGACGAAGUAAUAGCGAAGCUGAGACACGACGCGUGUGCUCCCACGAGCUGCCGCGUCUGCGAGGUGCGAGGUGUAAUUCAUCUCCCGAGCCAAUCAAAUCAUCGAUGACUACUCAACGUACCUUCCGCGAGAGCCCUGCGCGACACGGUCGGACUUUCGCCAUGGGAUGCUCGGUAGACCCGCGGGAACGAGCUACGUGCUGAACGUAACGUCGCUGCGCGUAACAAGUACGCGGCGCAGUGUAGGCGACCGGUCUCGGUCGGCUCUCGCGCAAUUCGCGAACGGAACCGCGAUGUUCCGCCGGUCCGAUGGAACGCCGGGCGAGAAUUUCGGCCAUCCGCCGCGUCUUUAUUAAGGCCGGCUCGUCUAUAACUCACCGGGAGCGGCCCAGGUCGGCUGACACUGCCGGACUCACAGGGCGCAUAAACACACCGGCGUCCCGUGCAGAGCAGG